AUGGCCCUGAGCCCCCCCGUGGGGGUUUCAGAGACCCUGAAGGAGGAAGGAGUACUCAUCUUCCUGUCUGCACAGCUCCAGGCGGUUCUCCAUCUCUCUCUCCGUCACUGCCACCAAGGAGUCGCUGAUCAUUGGCCCAGGAGGAGUGCAACACAGACAGCAGAGAUGUACCACACAGCCCCUUAUGCUCUGCAGCUGAGAUGUCCCCACUGGGGCGGGGGGGGGGCCACUCAUUUCUUCCUCCAAGGCUCUGGUAGAGGUGGGUGGCCUCUGCCAGGCCCUGCACACGAUAUGAAGAGGAAAGAAAUGCCCAGUUCUUACUGUUGA